CAAGCUAGCUUUGUGCUUUUGUGAUGCAAUUACUAGAGAAUGGCCAUUUUACCUUUCAUGCUUCUUGUUGUAAAGCUCCUCUCCCUUACCUCCCAAAUUUGCUCUGUAACCGAUAAAAUUACCCAGUACGAGUCUCUUCCGGAUGGAGCAACACUAGUCUCACAGGGUGGAACAUAUGAGUUGGGUUUCUUCAGUCCAGGAAGUUCCACAAACCGCUACUUAGGAAUUUGGUUCAGAAAUGUCUCGGUGAAAACAGUGGUCUGGGUUGCUAACCGUGACAAUCCCUUAGCAAAUAAAAACUCAGGCAAGUUGAGCAUAAGCAAAGAGGGAAACCUCGUCCUGCUCAGCAAGAAUGGCACAGCUCACUGGUCAACAAAUCAAACAACAAAAGGUAGUUCAGGUGUCAUAAGAAUAGCACAACUCUUAGCUCCUGGAAACUUUGUUAUAAGGGAUGAGAAAGAGGAAGACAGUGAUUCUGAGGAAUACUUGUGGCAGAGCUUUGACUACCCGACUGAUACAUUUCUACCUGGAAUGAAGCUCGGUUGGAACCUAACUAGUGGCCUUAAUAGGCACCUAACAGCUUGGAAGAGUUGGGAUGACCCAUCUUCUGGUACACUUACUUAUGGCUACUUCAAAACAGAAAUUCCUGAAUUGGAGAUACGGAAUGAUUCCACCAUUCUCUUCCGAUCUGGCCCUUGGAAUGGCAUUCAAAACAGCGGCAGACAUUCUGUGACGAACCGUCAACUGUUCAACAUGGAUUUUGUGUCCAAAAAGGAUGAGUUUUAUUUUCAAUACAAGCCGAGGGACCCGUCGUUGAUUGCCAUGAGUGUCAUCAACCAAACCUUGAAUGCUUUUCAGCGCUUCAUUUUGAAUGAAGGAAACAGAACAUGGAAGCUUCGCAGUAAUACUCCAAGAGAUAUCUGUGACAACUAUGAGCAUUGUGGCUCAUUUGGGAGCUGCGCCAUGGAGAACGAGUCCGCGGUAUGCGAGUGUCUGAGUGGAUUUGCGCCAAAAUCGCCUCAAAAUUGGACUGCGAACAACUGGAGUCAAGGAUGCGUUCGCUCUGAACCAUGGAGCUGCAAGGAGAGGGGUAAAGAUGGUUUCACCAAACUUCAAAACGUCAAGGUCCCGGAUACUAGUACGUCUUGGUAUAAUACAAGUAUGACACUUGAGGAAUGCAGAGUAAAGUGCUGGGAAAAUUGUUCAUGUACGGCUUAUAUAAACUCAGACAUUUCUGGGGAAGGAAGUGGAUGUAUCCUCUGGUUUGGGGAUCUAUUGGACUUGAGACAACUGCCAGAUGCAGGGCAAGAUCUGUAUGUUAGAUUGACUGCCUCCGAAACAGUUCUCUAUCAAGCACAAGGUAAAGCAAAUGAUGGCUCUAAGAAAAUGGUAGUUGUGGUCGCCAUCACAGUUACAGCAAUUGUUCUGAUCCUAUUAACUCUCAUGCUUAUUUGGUGGAGGAGAAAAUUUGAAGUUAGAGGGUUCUUCAUGAUGAAAGUAGAAAAGAAAAACGAUGGCGAUCAAGAAGAUUCGGAACUGCCUUUAUUUGAUUUUAAUACAGUAGCGGCUACCACUGGUAAUUUCUCAGAAGACAAGAAGCUUGGUGAAGGCGGGUUUGGUCCUGUAUAUAAGGGCACACUACCAGAUGGACAGGACGUUGCUGUCAAAAGGCUUUCACAUAGUUCGACACAAGGAAUGAUAGAAUUCAAGAACGAGGUUAUAUUUUGUUCUAAAUUUCAACACCGGAACCUUGUCAAGGUCCUUGGCUGUUGCAUUGAAGAACAAGAAAAAUUACUCAUAUAUGAAUAUAUGCCCAAUAAAAGCUUAGAUUUCUUUCUUUUCGAUUCUUGUCAAAGUAAAUUUUUGGACUGGUCUAAGCGGUUUAAUAUUAUAAGCGGAGUUGCGCGAGGGCUUCUUUACCUUCACCAGGACUCCAGAUUUAGAGUUAUACAUAGAGAUUUGAAAGCAAGUAAUGUUUUAUUAGAUGAUAACAUGAAUCCAAAAAUUUCGGAUUUUGGCUUGGCUCGCAUGUGUGGAGGUGACCAACUUGAAGGCAGCACAAGCAGAGUAGUUGGAACAUAUGGUUAUAUGGCGCCUGAAUAUGCAAUUGAUGGGAUAUUCUCCAUCAAAUCUGAUGUAUAUAGCUUUGGAAUUUUAAUAUUAGAAAUUUUAAGCGGGAAGAAAAAUAAAGGACUUUCCUAUUCAAACCAUAGCUGCAACCUUGUUGGGCAUGCAUGGAGGUUGUGGAAAGAGUGCACACCAGUGGCAUUGAUUGAUACUUGUUUGGAAGACUCGUAUAUUCUUUCGGAAACCUUACGAUGCAUUCAUAUUGGUCUUUUAUGUGUGCAACAUCAGCCAGAUGAUAGACCAACUAUGGCAUCUGUGCUUAUAAUGUUAAACAGUGAAAAUGCAUUACCUCAACCAAAAGAGCCUAUCUUCUUCUCGGAGAAAGUUUCAGUUAAGGAUAAAUCUACUUCUGAUUCGAUGACAUCAUCUUCGGUCAAUGAAGUAACUGUCUCAAUAAUGGAACCAAGAUAGGGAAUUUGAUUUAUUUCUUAGCAUGUCUGUCGAUGAUAAUAUGACCGAAUGUGUGUCCUUUUUUUUUAUAAAAUUACGCAUUUUAAAUUUCUGUCCUUAAGUAUUGUGUACUUCCAUAAAUAACUUGUUAAAUUGAAUAUGGUACGUUGGGUGCAUGAUUGGAAUGAAUUUUGCAUGAUAGCGUUUGAUUUUACAUUGUUUGGUUGUAUACAAAAUAUGCUAAGCUCAUAUGAAUAGGCAAG